AAUUGUUUUGUUCAAGAAAAUCAUUUUAUUCUUUAUAGUUUCACUGAUCGCUCACGUUUUCCCCAAGAUGCUGAAAUUGGUGCUGGAGCAGCAUUCAUUGAAGUAGAUGCUAUGGAUUCAAUGAAUAUCCUCUGUCCUUCGUACAAUAGUAGUAAUAAUAAUGAUAAUAAGUAUGAACAACUCGUUAUUUAUCAGGUAUCUGAUUUAUCAUUCAUGAGCUGCGAAUUGGACAGCCGCUCACAGAUAUUUCUCGUUUGUGAUUCACCUUUUGCUAGAACUGCUCUUAGCCAUCGAAUUGUAUUUCGACAAUAUUCACCUUUGCCAAAUGGUUUUGAAUAUCAGCCGGGUCGAUCGUAUUAUUUGAUUUCAACAUCAGAUGGAUCUGCAGAAGGAAUGAACAAUACUCGACGAGGCCUUUGUGUAACUGCUAAUAUGAGGCUACGCAUCGAUGUAAGGCCUUUGAGUGACCAAUCCCAUGCAAGUCAUGAGAAAGGUGACAAAUUAUUUCUUUUGUAUCCUUUUUUUUAUCCAAGCAAUAACAAUUCAUUGUUAUUAGAAGUGGACACAGGAUCUGGAUUUUCUACAUCGAGAAUCAGAAAAGUGAAACAAGAAGUGUGGACUCGAAGUGGUCGUUUUAAAUCAUCUGCUGAUGAUAACACACGAACAAAACAAGGAGUUACUGUCAUGAAUGGAUUAAGUAAUGAAUCACAAAAGUUUGCUGAAAAACACGGUUUUGACCUUAUGCAACUUGAAUAUGUUAGGCAGCUGGCAAUAGACGGUGUGGAAGGCGAUUUUUCAUUUCGAGAGAUUGAAAAUGACUCUUUGAAAUCUUCAACGGAUUUGUCAAAGACAUUUGUAAAUGACCCCGUACAACCAGAAUCCUCAGAUGUACUUCCGGAUCGAGAUUUGUUUCAUUCUACUAGUAGGCAAGCACAACGAUGGAUUUCAGAAGAAAAGCAGAAUAAAUUCAGUGUUUCACGUGACCUACAUACGGAUCAGAAUACUGCUACCGUCGGUUCAAUACAAGACUACGUUGUAGAUGAUAUAUCCGGUAAGAUAAUCUUCAGCAGUAGAAUAAAGCAUACAUUCCCCUCCCAAUUGCUAUUUUCUUUGUUUUUUCAUUUCCACUUGUGGAAAGAAAUCUGUACAUCAAGGACUGACUUGAAAAGUAAAACGUGA